AUGAAACCUGUGGAAUUUUCAGAUGAUGAUGGAAUAUAUUAUCCGUCUCCGACUUCAGUCUCUUUUCAAAAUAAAUCAUCUUUAGUGAAGUCAUCAAAUAGAUCAUCACAAAAUUCAUCAUCAUUAAUAUCAUCACUUAAAGAAUCUGCAAUAACAAAUAAAAAUGAAGAAGUUAAUAGCGGAAAACUAAAGACAAUAACAUCGGAAAAACGUUGGAAACCAUCUGCAUCUUCUUCAAUCAGUUUAUCGCAGAGAAGAAAAUUAUCCCAUCAAACACUACGAUCAUUUCUUAUUAGAAAUAGUCAAAUUGAAGAGCAACAACCCGGAUCUGUUAAUAUUAAUCGUAAAAUGACAGAUAAUGAACAAUUAAAUGAAGGUACGACAAAUUCAAAUUCAAAGCGCAGCAGUACUGAGUUAAAACGUGAAAAAAGUCGAUCAAUACAAUCGUUUCAUCAUAAUAAACGAAAUAGUUCAGACGAUGACGAAGAACCUGUAUCAGUCGAUGUUGAUGACGGAGACACAAUAUCAACACAAGCAGCGCCUGCUGCCACAAGGCUAAAAAAAACACAUUCUAAGUAUUUGAGUCGAUUAAACAGAAAAUCACAGCUAUCAAAAUCAUCAUCAGUGUCUAUUAAAAGUUAUGGUAAUAAUAAUAUGCCUUCUGAUUUAAAUUAUACAAUCUCGACAGGUAGAUCUCUUAUUGGACGCACCGUCAUUCAAGGUGUUUUGGUUCGUUUUUUUCGAAAUGGCGAUAGUCAUCAUCGCGGUGUUAAAAUUGCUGUGAAUGAUUUUGAGUUGAAAUCGUGGGAAGCAUUUUUAAAUUAUUUAAAUACUCAACCAAAUUUGAUAUCAACAUCAGGUGGCAUACGACAUAUUUAUGAUAUGAGUGGACAUGAAAUGCAUCAAAUAAAUGAGUUCGUAAAUCGUCAUUCAUACGUUGUUGCCACCAGUCACUUUAUAAAAACCUAUUAUCACCAUGCAUUAGACGAGUUCGCCGAUGAUUAUGAUUUCGAUACUACUACUUGGUCACUUGUUCGAAAUUCACAAAAUACUUUAUAUUCUUAUCGUCCAUCUUAUCGAGAUCAAAUUAUUUUGAUUCCCUAUUCUCGAUUGGAUAUGAGAGAAAUUGUAUUGUUAAAUCGAAAUAUUAAGAAAACAUUUGAAGAAUGGUUAAAUGAUAAUGUAACAGAAGUUUUAAGUCCAUAUACAAACGGAAUGGAUAUUACACAUUUGUUUUCAUUUUCAAAAUUUUCGUGUUCAGAGAUAACAAGUUUUUCAAAAUUGUUCAAUGCGUUGAAACAAACGGAUACAUUUAUUGGAUGUACAGAAGAUGAAACUGUUAAUGCUCGGGAACAUCUUGGAAUCGCAAGAAAUUUAGAUAUUUUUAAUGAAUAUGAAACGCCGCGUAAUCUAAAUGGAUACGGUGGAAAACAUUAUUCAAUUGGAGCAACAACGGAAAAAGGCAAUGUAACAGUUCAUCGUCAUCAGAGUAUUGUAGCAUCAGCUGAAAUUGGCACACAACGUAAUAACUACAAAGCAAAAAUUCACAUAUGGGAUCAUGGAUCACUUCGCACACUAAGCGAACUACGAAAAGAUCAAUUUAGUUCAACUUUGUAUUUUUUAUCAUUUUCUCCAAAACUAAAUGAUAAUAUUAUAUUAACUAUUGCAAGAGAAAAACAACAAGUUGUGUUAAUACUCGAUUGGAAACGUAAUGAAGUAUUAUAUAGUGUAAUAUGCAAUUCAGAGAAAUUAUUAUGGACAGGUUUUGCCUUUGACACAUCUAAUUGGUUAGCGUGUAUAAGUCGACAACAUUUAAUGUUUUAUCACAUCAGUUGGAAUACAAAACCUUUAAAAGUGAAAGCCAACAAGGAAGCUGACGUUCAGAAUGUAUAUACUGGUGCUGCUACAGAUGGUCUUUCUGACAGAUUACUGGUUGGAGAUAAAGUAGGAGGUGUCCAUAUUUGGGAAUUAAUAGAUGGCACACCAAAACUGAAACGUGUUCGAGAAUCUAUGACGGAUGUUCAUGGUGAAAUGGUGGCUGUUGGUUUACAAAACGGCAAUGUAUACGUGUAUGAUGUUGAAGGUAAUGGUGAAUUUAACUUGCGCGAUAAUGGUACACUCAAAAAAAAUCCUCAAACGCUGCAGUUUGGUUUGGGUCCAAUUCAAAAUAUUGUACCUUUAUCACCGAAUCGAUUUUUACUUUCUGUUACUGAUAGUCCAGUUAUUGUCGAAAUUAAAAUCAAAACCAACGGUUGA